AUGGAAACCACUAAGCCGCUGCGUGAGUCCAAGAGGCGAAGAGCCAUCACCAACGCGCAGCGGCGGGCUCUUCGGGCCUGGUUCUUCGACCAGACAGACGGCCCCAAGUCGCAGGUCGACGCCUCGGUAUGGUGGCAAGAAGCCUACGGCUACCACCUGAACUCGACCACCGUCAGCGACAUUCUAAGCCACAAGUAUGCCUUCCUAGAUCUAGAGCCAUACGCAGGGGGCGCCCCCACCAAUGACAGUAGAAAGCGUGACAGGCCCGCCAAGUGGGAGGAACUCGAGGAGGAGCUCAUCAGGUGGAUGCUCGACUACGAGUUCAUCUGCGGCGAAGGCAGCGUCACCGGCAGCAUGCUGCGACAGCGAGCCACCGAGCUGUGGUACUCGCUGCCGUGCUAUCAGGGCAUGUCCCUGCCCAAAUGGAGCGAAGGCUGGAGAAGCCGCUUCAAGGCGCGGUAUAACCUUCGUCGGGAUAAGAUGCUGACAGAGAUGGCUAACAGCUUUCCGGCUGAGAGUUAUCUAUCUUGUGCGACGUUUCCGACAGAGUUUGAAUUUGGUUCCAUUCCGUACGAGUGA